AUGGCAUCCCAAGACGAAGUUCAACGGCAACGCAUAAUGCAGGCCCUUCGACAACAAGUACAGGAACGUCGACAAAUGGCUCGAAUUCAAGCUGAAGCUCAGGCACGGGCUCAAGUACAGGUUCGGGUACAGGCUCAAGCCCAGGCACAGAGUGCUUCAUCCGGCGGCAAUCAAUCUCAUCCAAGAUCCAGGAAGAUGGGCUCCCACUUUGAUGAUCUUCCGAUCAUGGAAGCAAUUGAUGUCGAGUUACUCAACCCCGAACCAACAUGUACUUCAUCGUUUGAUUUCGCCUGCCGAGAAGGACCUCUGUCGACAGUGGAGGACUGUGUCACCUCCAAGCUCCGCACACCAGCCUUUCUCCACCGUGGCCUCUUGAUCGCAAUUCGAGCGGGUCAUGUGGAGGCAGUUCAAUUUCUCCUGUCGCAUGGCGCGCCCAUUGCUCGACACACACCCGAGCUGGUCCUUAGAGCAUCACCUCGCCGGCAGAUUGAGAUCUUUGAGCUGUUUCUCAAGCAUGGCUGGACGCCCAACAAUCCAGGGUUCUACGGAGCUGUCAUUCUCCCUAGAGUGAUUGACAACAUUCCAUUGCUAUCUUGGUUCCUCGCACACGGGGCUGAUCCUAACCUGGGUCCACAGAAAGACUUUCGCGAUCGACUGGGAGCAUCGGACACGGAGUCAUGUGUCGCUCUCGAGACCGCAUCAGCGCGGGGAAGUCUAGAAGCUGUGCAAAUGUUGCUCGACGCAGGGGCUCGAAUCCAGAAUGGUACACCGCUGCACUGCGCUGCUGGUGCUUGCCCUCCGGGAGUUAACCCACAUGCUGGCCGUGUCAUACCUAGCAAAGGGUUUGAUGCUGAUCGAAUCCCCAUUAUGAGCUUACUAGUGGAGAAGGGUGCUGAUGUGAACGAGAAGACCCAGUCGCAACAUAUGGUACCUCAGUAUGCGAUUGUGCAUGCGGUCAUGGCCGGGGCGAUGGAGCGCGUCAAAUGGUUGAUUGCACAUGGGGCAGAUCCUUAUCUAAAGGGGGCUUUUGGGAGCGCCGUGAAUUAUGCGUCUUUCUGGGGUGCAGAGAUGACCCAGGUGAUCGAAGAGGCGCUUUCCCUGAAGAAGACAUCGUUGACGAUUGCUUCAUAG